UGUGCACGUGUGUUCCCGCCUCUAUAGUCCUGAUUGGUAUUUUUUCCUGAGGGGAGCGGUUUUGCAGCUGAGCGGAAGCUGUUCAGUCCUUUCUGCUGGAAACCGCCAUCAUGGUGUUCAGACGCUACGUCCAGAUUGGCCGUGUUGCUUAUGUGUCCUUUGGCCCUCAUGAAGGCAAACUGGUGGCGAUAGUUGAUGUCAUCGACCAAAACAGGGCCCUUGUUGAUGGUCCUUGUUCCGGUGUAAGAAGACAGGCCAUGCCUUUUAAAUGCAUGCAGCUAACAGACUUCGUAAUCAAAUUUCCUCACAGUGCUCGUCAGAAGUAUGUUCGUCGUGCCUGGGAGAAAGACAAUAUUAAUGAAAAAUGGGCAGCCUCAAACUGGGCAAAGAAAAUUGAAGCCAGGCAAAGGAAAGCCAAGAUGACAGAUUUCGAUCGUUUUAAGGUUAUGAAGGCAAAGAAAAUGAGAAAUAAGAUCAUCAAGCAUGAAAUGAAGAGACUUCAAAAGGAAGCUACCAAGAAAGCAUAAGCUUUUUAUGAGGACUUUCAUUAAAAUCUGUUUAAAUAA